UCUUUGGGUUUUACUGUGGGAAAGUAAUACUAAGACCUGUAUUAAAUGACCAGUGGCAGGUAUAAUACAAAAACAAGUCUCCUACUCAAAAGCAACUAUUCUGGAACACCUGACUCAUAGGAAUUUUAAGCAACUGAAAGCAAAACCUCUGUGAUUCAGCUGUGACAUGGUAAGUCAUGCAUUCUCAUCUUUAGAUGUUUACUUUCACACUGAUUCAUUUUUUUAUUAUCUCUGACGUGUAUGUUGAUGAUGUUGCCUCUCAUAAUUAGGCCUAGGUUUAUCGUAUUUAAGAUUAUGCACUUCAGCAUGACUGUAUUGGAAAGAUUUAAGCCAUCUGACAGAAAAAAACUGUAAAAUAAUGCAUUGCAUAGUGAUUAGAACCUAAGACUAGUAACCAAGACUUCUAGAUUCUAUACCCCCCUCUACUUAAUUUAUAAACCACUGUGAGAGUCACAGAUGAAACAUGCUAGGUAAAUUCCUAUUAAUAUUUUAAAAUAAUUAAAAAGACAAUUAAGCUAUUGAAAUGUUAGCACUUAAUUCAAUAGCCAGAGGCAAAAAUAUUUAACCUUAAAAGUGCCUUCAACCACACAAGAUAGAUUAAUGAUAUUUUUGCCCGUGUUGAAGUAGUUUUUCCAAUAUCAAGUUAACAAUAUUAAUAUUACAGAAUGCUAUAUUCAUGUUUUUAAAAGAAAAAUUUUUCUAUAUUCUAUAACAAAAGUAUACUUGCCUCUUAAAUAAUAAAUAAAGAGUGGCUAAAGUAGAUCAAAAUAGCAGUGGAGAGUGAACCUAGUUUGGUGGUACUGCCGCAUGUCUUGACUUUGUAGAAGCACACCAAUUUGCAUGUGCAAAGCCAGUAUUUUCAUACUCAGUUAUUACUUAUUUGUACUGUGGUAGCACUUAAGGUAUGUCUUCAGUGCAAUAAAACAUUUGUGGCUGGCCCAGACCAGCUUACUCAGACUGUAGGACUAUAAAAUUGCAGCGUGUUCCUGCUCAGGCUGGAACCCAAAUGGAAUGACUACACCGCAAUUUUAUGGCCUCCCGACCCUGAGUCAGCCAACAUAGGCCAGCUGUAGGUGUGUUAUUGCAGUGUAGACAUACCCUCAGGACCUGUUGUAUUAGACAUUGAAUGUACAUUAUUGAUUUAUUUGUAUUCCUGUAGCUGUAUCAUAAAAGUCUGUGCUGCCUCCAAAGAGUUUACAAUCUAAAUGUAUGAAAAGAGACUAAUAAGGGGAGGUCCAGAUAAAGGUGACACCAUCAUAUUUUGUACAGUGAGCAGCAAUUAGACUGUCUCUGUUGCCUGGGCAAUAUCAGUGUUUGGUUAUUUCCUGCUUGCCUUAUUUUAAGGUGAUUUUAAUCUUUUCCUUUUGUCAAGGAGGCGGUAAAGCUGGUGGUGGAGGACGGGAGUUGGACUCUGAUGGUGCUUGGCGUGGUGGAGGACGGGAGAUGGACUCUGAUGGUGCUUGGCACGGUUUGGGCUCACUAGUACUAUUGUGUGCCCCACAGCCUGUGCCGGGAGGGCAGGGCGGCCCAUUCCAGCUGCCUCUCGGUUAUAGCCGGCGUAAUAACAACCCAAACCAACCGGUUCUUCUAUGCACUUGAAACAAGUCAAAGACAAAUACUUCUCCCUGCGCACACAGGGCGCUGCUGCCGGCGGGCACCUCCUCCUCGCACCCUGUUGAGUAGCGCUAGCCCCAGAGCCCUGCCCGAAGGCGGCUGCUUCGCUGGAGGGCAAAGCAGAGGAGUUGGGGCCGCGCUAUGAAGGCGCUGAGCGAUUUCCUGGGCGCGCUGAGCCCCAGACACGACGGGACGCAACAAGCGGCGGCGGAGGCACCCCCCGCCGGCGACGAGACGCUGUUACCGCAUGAGAGAGAAUUUCAUCAUGCUGCUAAAAUGAACAAUUUGGAAACCAUGGAGAAGUUACUUAGGAAGAAUGUUAACAUUAAUGCUGUAAAUACUUUGCAGCGCACAGCUCUCCAUUUUGCUGUGGCAGGAAAUCGUGUAUCUACUGUGGAUUUUCUUCUCCAUCACAAAGCUAGAGUGGAUGUUGCAGAUAAGCACGGGUUGAUGGCAAUUCAUCUUGCAGCUUGGUCUGGAAACCUAGACAUAAUGAGAAUGCUAGUUAAAGCAGGUGCUGACCAAAAGGCUACGAACCAGGAGGGAAGGAAUGUCCUGCAUUUUGCAGCUCUGAACAAUAACGUUGACAUAGUGGAUUAUCUUCUCCAGGAACUUCAGCUGAAGGACCUAAACAAGCAAGAUGAGAAAGGUAAAAGGGCAUUUCUUCUGGCAGCUGAAAAAGGCCAUGUUGAAAUGAUAUACCGUCUGGUUUCUCUCAAGCUGUUCACCUCUGAAAAAGACAAGGAGGGAAACACAGCAGUGCAUCUAGCUGCUAAAAAUGGUCACUACGAGGUGCUAGAAGUUCUGCUAAAUCAAUGGGAAGAAAUAAAUGAACUCAAUCAGAAUGGAGAAACACCAUUUUAUUUGGCUGUUGAAGGAGGUCAUGAAAAAUGUGCUGAGCUGUUACUGGAAGCAGGAAGUGACAUCAACAUUUCAAAUAAACACAAUAGUAAUGCUUUGCACAUUGCAACACGGCAUGGACAUACAUCCUUGGUCAGAUUUCUUAUCAGUAAAAAUAUCAAUCUGGUUCCUAAACCUGAGCAGAAUUCCCCUCUCCAUUUGGCCAUCCUCAAUAAUCACCUUCCGGUAGUAAUUAGCCUCUUGGAUGCUAAUCAUGAUAUAAACACCUUGAAUCAGAAGCAACAAACCCCUCUCCACCUGGCAGCUGAUCUUGGCAAUGUGGAACUUGUGGAACUGCUGCUAAAGGCAGGCUGUGAUCUCAAGAUUGCCGACAAGCAAGGAAAAACUGCGCUGGCUGUCGCAUCCAGGAGCAACCAUGCCCUCGUUGUUGAUAUGAUUAUUAAAGCAGAAAGGCAUUACCCCUUGAAACAGGAACAUCUAGAAAACCAUGUUGAUGCACCAGAUUUUAGUCUAGCCUUCAAACAGGAUCACAGUGCACAGACUAAGCAAAUCCGUUACUGCCUUUGGAAUCUGGCUUACAAUCAGUUAAAACCCCAAGAAUGGAAGACGCUCGCCUUGUUCUGGAAGUUUACAGAGGAGCAAAUUAAAGCUAUUGAAGAACAGUGGACAGGAAAAAAGAGCUAUAAGGAACAUGGACACCGAAUGCUGCUCAUCUGGUUACAUGGUAUAUUGCUGGCUCACCAGAAUCCAGCCAAAUAUAUAUAUGAAGAUCUGGUGCGUGUAGGAUUUCAACAAGUAGCUGAUAAAAUCAGAGCUGAAAUGAGCCCUGAGAUGGAUUCGAGGAAAUGUGCAGUUUCAUGAACAGUUUAACAGAAGUUGUCAUAGGCUAUGGACUAUGUUCCAGAUGGAAAAUCAUUUGUAAAUACUCUUUCCAGAAAAAUCUUACAAUAGAACCUCAGAGUUAUGAACACCUCAGGAAUGUUUGUUCUUUCAAAAGUUUACAACUAAACAUUGACUUAAUACAGCUUUGAAACUUUACUAUGCAGAAGAAAAAUACUGCUUUCCCUUUAUUUUUUUAGUAGUUUACACAUUUAACACAGUACUAUACUUGCUUUAUUUUUCACCUCUGUUUCUGCCUGAUUGUCUGCUUCUGGUUCUUAAUGACGUGUGUGGGUGACUGGUCAGUUCACAACUCUGAGCUUCUACUGUAUUUGCAAAAUGUAGCUCGCAGUCUAUAAAGUUUUUCAAAGCUCUGUUUAUUAGUGCUACUAACUUCUAUACUGAGUUAUUAAUUUGGUUAGUUCCUGACUCUGCCUUUUUUUUUUUGACAGUUCACCUUUGAAAGAAAUUACACCGUAAUUUUAAUUGAAUUUUUUAUGGCAGAGAAUGACCACUCCAAUUACACGAAUGUUAAUUUGUGACUAUCCUGCCAAGUGAGAGAACAUGCUACAAUGUGUGUGUAUGUGACUUAUAUUAAGCACAAACUGGUUUAAGUGCAGUUUCAAUAUGGAAUUAUUGUAUUAAUACUGAAUGUAGUUUCUGUUUGCUAGAAAGCAGAGAUCACUUGUAUUUCAUAAGUGAGGAUUAUGUGGAUAAAUAAUCAACACCUUCUCCAUAAAUAGGCCAGCACCCAGCCUAAUUUGAGAUUUAGCUCAUUUUUAAGUAAAUUGUGAAGAGGAUAACAGUUUCUUGUUUAAUGACCUGAUUUGGGUGGAUAAUUUAUUCUUAAAACAUCUUUUGAUUAUACAGGACAAAAAAAACAAGAUACAACUUCAAUAUAACAUGGGCAGGUGCCUCAUAAUAGGAAUAAACUUAUCCAACAAAAGGACAUGUAACACUAUAUACAGAUUACUCUUGUAAACAGCUCGUGGAUGUAUCUGUACUGUUCCUUUUCUAAAAAAAUCAAGCUUUGUUAUUUGGGAAUGAAUAUUUUACUGUAAUACUUGAUGGUAACUUUUCUCUAGAAUGAGAGCACUGAACAUUUGUUGCGAGUUCCAUUUGGCUGUUUUAACAAACAAUUUACAUUUGGUUCUGCAGAAGAUGCUUGACUUGUUCAUUUAAAGUAUCUGUUCAUCUGGUAAUUUUUUCAUUUAUUAAAUUCUAAUGACAAAAUU